AAGCCUCCGUUUUCCCCCUAUGCCUGUGCUUUUAUAUGUGUGUAAUCGUUUGGAUUUCUAUCAAAUCUCUUUCGCUAUCGGUUUGUCAUGAUUUCAAGUGUUUUUGUUAUUUAUUUACAAGCUGUACCUUUACCAUUCAAUUGUAGGCCUGCAAACCAGGCUCAUACCGCUCCAUUUGUGGCUACAUAUACAGUAUGUACGUGACAGAUAUAUUAGCAUGAGGAACACCACAUUGACGUUCAAGGCACCCUCUUUAUGUUCAUGUAUGUAGCAACCAUAAUUGAUGAUGCAUGUGCUAUGUUACUAGCAUGACAUCUGAGCCAAGCAGCAAUGAUCAAUCAGUGAAGAGGAACAGUGUGCAUUAUUUCCUGUCCUGGAAAAUGCUUUCCACAGAUACUGUAGCUAAUAAUCCCCAGGAAUGUCCACCAAUUAACAAUGGUGUGCGAUUGUGUGUGCAUGUGCCUUUGCGUGUGUGUUUUAUGUGUCAAAUUUAUGACAGGAUUUGUGAUAGGUGGUCAUAGAGGCCAUCUUUAGUUAUAAUUGAUUGAAGUUUACAUGUAAUGGACUAGAACGCAGAUUAUAUUUGAUAUAUUCUGGAAUUAAUUUAGUUAUACUACAUCAAGGGUGAAAUUCAGAGAAUACUCUCUAGAGUAAGAGCAAAUACAUAGAACCAAAUAAAUACUAGUUAGCUUUAGGUGUACUGUAUAUAGUCCUUGUGAGGACUCUAUUCCAUUUAAGGUAUUCUUGCAAAGACUAAAACAUGUUAAGUUAUGUUUCAGAUUCACAAAGGACAUUGUUCUACUGUAUUUUAAGGUCUAUUACUGAGUAUGACUAGGAUACUCGUCCAUGUUGAACGAUACAGUACAUUUUAAUUUUACAGUUGUCUUCCUUCACAGGCCCUCUUGCUUUUCACCCCUGACCGUUCUCUCUGUGGCCUCCGACCCCUGACCCCUGUGUCCAGGUCACCAGGUAGAUCCAGGAGCAUGAGCAGGACUCUGAGCUGCGGGAGCAGAUGUCUGGUUAUAAGCGCAUGCGGCGGCAGCACCAGAAGCAGCUGAUCGCCCUGGAGAACAGGCUGAAGGCGGAGAUGGAUGAGCUUAGGCUCCGGUUGCAGAAAGAAGUGGAGACCCACGCCAACAACACUUACAUAGAACUCGAGAGACUGGCCAAACGGCAUGCCAUUCACACAGACAAAGAGUUAAAGGCAGCUACAGCAGAGGAGAAGAGGAUCCAGCAACAGAUCAUUGCCCAGCAAAAGAAGGAGCUGACCACCUUCUUAGACAACCAGAAGAGAGAGUACAGGCUCUGUAAAGAGAAGAUCAAAGAGGAGAUGAAUGAGGACCCCAGUACACCCAAGGAGGAGAAGCAGGAGCGUCUGUCCAGGCACAAGGAGACGGUGCAGCGCUCACAGGCUGAUGAUGAGGCCCAUCUCCUUGACCAGCAGAGGCUGGUCUAUGACAGAGGUUGCCGGGCCAUGAAACGCAGGACACUGGUCAGGAGGCACGAAUUUGAACACGAGCAAAUGAGAGAGGAGCUGAAUAAGAAGAAGACCCAGAAGGAGAUGGAGCAGGCCCUGAUGAUCCGACAGGACGAGUCCACUCAGGAGCUGGAGCGCAGGCAGCUGCAGACACUGCAGAGGCUCCGUGUUGAGCUGAUCCGCCUGCAGCACCAGACCGAGUUGGAGAACCAGGAGGAGUACAACGGCCGGCGGCAGAGAGAGCUGCACAGGAAGCACGCCCUAGAGCAGAGACAGCAGCCCCGGAACCUCAAGAUGUUGGAGAUGCAGAUCAAGAAACAGUUCCAGGACACGUGUAAGGUGCAGAACAAGCAGUACAAAUCCCUGAGGAACCAUCAGCUUGAGGUCUCUCCUAAGAGCGAGCACAAAGCCAUCCUAAAGUCACUGAAGGAGGAGCAGACACGCAAGCUCGCCGUGCUGGCCGAGCAGUACGAGCAGAGCAUCAACGAGAUGAUGGCCUCACAAGCGAUGCGUCUGGAGGAGGAGCAGCAAGGAGAGUGCCAGGCAUUGAAGCAGCAGCUGCAGCAGGAGAUGGAGCUCCUGGAUGCCUACCAGAACAAGACCAAGGCCCAGACAGAAGCCCAACACGAGCGGGAGCUGCAGAAGCUGGAGCAGGAAGUCUCCUUACGCAGGGCCCACCUGGAACAAAAGAUUGAAGAGGAGCUGGCCUCACUUCAGAAGGAACGCACUGAAAGGAUCAAGCACCUGUUUGAACGGCAAGAGAGGGAGAUGGACGCUUUUGAUGCAGAGAGCACUAAGCUGGGGUUUGGGAGCUUAGGAUCACUGGACUUCCCCAAGGAGGACGACAGAUGAAAAUGGAUGUGUGUGUGGAGGACUCUUCGCUUCUGGUGUAUGGUGUAGACACGUGCUUGCACGGUUUCACUGUCGACUUGACCAUCGUCAACCUCCACAGUGACAAUGCUGGAUAACUCUCUCUCUCUCUCUUUUUCUCUCUCUAGUCUUUUAGAUACCACAUCACAGCAUAGUGCUGUCAUGUGCCAGGGGAACUACUUUUGUGCAAUUUAAAAAAGGGGGAAAAUAAAACAAGAUUAAUUCAAAACACAAGACAAACCAAGAAACUAAUGCUUAUCAAAAAUAAGAACGGACUCUUUCCUCCAUGCCGUCACAGCUCCUUUUGGUAUAAAAUUCAGGAAAUUUUAGUAAAAAUGAGCACUUUGAUAUGUUUAAGUAUUAACCAUGUUCAUAUAAUGCUUAAUGCGUAUGUCACAUGGAGGGGCAUUGUGGAAUGUGAGCUGCGGACUACACCGUGAUGUUUAGCUGCUUCAUCUUUCUUCUCAGAGAAUGUGAAUAAUACUGGAUGUGAAUACUGUGAGCUAAAAAGAGGGUAUGGGGACGGUGUCAGAUGUAUGUACGCAGUUUUAUGGAGAGCUUUUACUUAAUUCCAUAUUGAGCUAAAGAAUAUAGUCCUUCACUUUUUUAAACAAUUACGAUAUUUAUGUUCCAUUGUUCAGUAUUUAGGAUUUAUUGGCAUCAGUUUGAUCAAGGUGUGUAUUUUAUCACAAUGAUUCAACUCAGUAAAACUGCUUAUUGUUGCAUGCACUUUAAAGACACAUUCAGGUUGUGAAGUAAAGCAUGAAUCUGUCAAGAGAUUUUAGCCGUUUGUAAAUAAGUGGUCAUAGCAUUUUUGUUUUAAUGCCUAUUGAUACUGAACAUAAGCGCCAUAUUAGAUAUGACAAUUUCACAAAUGCCUUUAUUUAAGUUGUGCCUAUGAAGCGGUUUUCAUUUGUCGUUCUUUCAUGUUUGUUUAGCACGGCCAACACCAUUGUUUGUUCCAUUCCAAUUUGUGAAUCAUUUAAUGUUCACUAAUCAAAGGUAUUGUAAAGGAAAUGGUGAGAAUUGUGCUGUAUAACUUUUGGUAUAAAUAUUUGUAUUUGAGAACCUAACUAGGAGAUACAGAAGAUUUGGUCGAUUACUUGAUGAAGGAACUUCACAUUAUAAUUGGGAAUGUUUUUUUUUUGUCACAAUUAAACUGACAUGGUAAUACAGUAGAUCAACAUACUGAAAAUGAAUCACUGCAGACUUAUCAGAUUGUAUAAAAACAGUUUAAUGGUAUCACAGAAUUACUGUAAAUACAUAUUUUUUAAAGAUGUCUGGCAGGUGGUUGCUUUGUUCUGGGUUGCAUUCAAGUCAUAGCUGUUUAGCUACCAGAUGUACAAUGUUUUGCAGUGUUCACGGUUGUUAUUGCACAUAAGGUUGCACAAUGUGUCCAUUACAGUGACUUGAUUUCUACUAUCACCAUCAGCCUUUGUGAUCCUGUGACACAGACAGAAGACCAGAUUGAAUGUCUGUCUAUUGAUGUUACAAACUAUUUCAAAGUGUCCAGGGUGAACAGUUUCAAAAGAUUUCUUGAAUGCAACCCUGGUAUUUUGACAGUUGCCUCCAAACUCUCCUGUUCCCUAUACAUUGAUACGUGAUGGAAAUCAUGCUCUUCAUAGUGGUGGGCUGGGCAAGUGAGAUUGAGAAUGGUAUAAUAUCUGACACAAAUGCAAGAGAACUAACUAUGGAAUUCAAAAUACAUGAAUAAACAACUAAUAUUUUCAAUGUGAACAACCCAGUAUGGCAUUGUUGAUACCCCCAGACUUAUGGCUCCUUGCAAGAAUUCAAGUGUCAAAGUUAUUUAGUAGGCCUCAUUUUUGGAAUGAUUUGCUGUAAAUUACUCCUUUGAAAGCAAAAUAUUUUGAGUUUGGAAGGUUUUUCAGAUUGUAACUUUUGUUGACAAAUGGUUAAGAUCCAUAUGCUAUUUUCUCUGGGUUGGUUGAAAAUGGUUUAAACCUGUUAUGAACCAAAGUGUUUAUGUGGACUUCAGUUAUAAAGAAAUAUGUAUUUAGCUAGAAUAAAGGGGACUUUCCUAAACUAAGCCAUGCAGCAUUUCCUGUGUGGCACAGACAAAAUAAAAGAGAUUCUCUUGAAACAUGA